AUGCCUUUGUCCUAAAUCUAAAUCUGGUGAAGUGGCAACAUCAACUUUGGGUGGAGACUAUCUUUCUUUCUAUUCGAUUCUUCUUCUUUGUGUUUUUCUUUGCUGUUAAUGUCAGAAAAAGUAUUCCCUUCAUCCAAACCCACCGCCACGGCUGCUCCACCGGCCGCCAAUGGUGGAGCUCCAGCCAGUACGAACGGUACAACCAACGGUGGCGCAACAAAAUCCCACCUUUACAAUCCGACUUCUCGCCCACCAUACCGUCCACAACCCCACCACCGACGCCACCGUCCGCGGCGGAACUAUUGUUGCUGCUGCUGUUUCUGGACUAUCCUCAUAAUUCUCAUAUUGGCGCUUUUAGUAGCCAUAGCAGGCUCCGUCUUUUACGUGCUUUACCGUCCUCAUCGACCUUCAUUCACCCUCGCUUCCCUCCGUAUCCACCGCUUAAACUUGACAACCACUGCCGAUUCCUCCUCGUCCCAUCUCUCAACCCUUUUCAACCUAACCGUUUCCUCCAAAAACCCAAACUCACACCUUUCCUUCUCUUACGAUCCCUUCGUCGUUUCGUGCGUAUCGAGCAAUAACGAUGUUUUUAUAGGCAACGGAUCAUUACCAGCUUUCGUCAGUAACAGCAAAAACGAGACGACAUUCAAGGGUGUGGUGACGACGACAUCGAGUGAUCUAGAUGCCGAGACAGUCAACAAACUGAGAGCGGAUCUGAAGAAGAAGAAUGGGAUCUCGUUGAAAGUGGAGAUGGAUACUAAAGUGAGGGUGAAGAUGGGGGGGUUGAAGAGCAAGAAAGUUGGGAUCAGGGUUUCGUGCGAUGGGGUUAAAGGGAUUGUUCCAAAAGGUAAAUCACUGUCGGUGGCUAGUGUCGCUGGGGCCAAAUGCAAGGUUGAUCUCCGAAUCAAGGUCUGGAAGUGGACUUUUUAGCCAAUUGUUUCCAUUUAAAUGUAUUUUUCUCUCCCUUUUACUCAAUGCUUUUGAUUUUUUAUUAGCUUUCUUUUCUGGGUUCGUAAAAGAAAUUGUGGAACGAAUCAAAGAAUCAAUCGAGGUGAAUGUAUUGCCAUUAGAUUUAGGAAAAAUAAGAGGCUGAAGUCUUGAAGAUGAAGAUGUUGAAACUGGAUUUAUUCUCUUCUUUUUCAUUUUGAAGAUUUUUUGUGGCGUUGUAACAUCUUUACUAUCAAUGAAUAUAGAAAUUUGGUUUCCA